AUGUCACGUGCGACUUCAGGAGUGUUCAAUAUCAAUCUCUUCAAACGCGAAGCUUGCCUUCGACUUUCACAGAAUAACACGCCAAUCCGUGAAAUACGUCUGCGAUGGAGGCCAAAGCAACUGACUUGCGAGUCAGAAACCGACUGUUCACUCGUGACGAUAAUUACAAAAUCAUCAACAGUAAGAGAUUUCCGCACAGUGGUUUCACCAAUGAUCAGGCUCGCCCGGUGCCCUAUGCUGCUAUGCCAAGGAUUUCAACAGAAAUCGAUGGACUUGUGUCUGUACAUAUGCUGGAGCCCGUUGAUCACUCAGAAUGGGCAGCACCCAUUUUCAGAAGAAAAAUGGAUCGAUCCGCCUCUGCGCAGACUACUCCACCGGAGCGAUGCACUGGAACAAAACCAGUAUCCGCUUCCAACCCCAGAGGACACUUUCACGAAACUCAACGGAGGACGCUACUUUUCACAGCUCGACGUAGCCGAAGCAUAUCUCCAAUUGGAAGUGGGCGACGUCUCAAAACAGCUGCUCACUAUCCACACACACCGUGGACUGUAUCGCUUCAACCGACUACCAUUUGGAGUGAAACCAGCUCCUGGUAUAUUCCAACAAUGUAUGGAUGCUCUUAUCGCUGGAUUAGAUGGAACUGCUGCCUAUCUCGACGACAUAUUGGUUAUUGGUAGAACCAUCGGCGAACACAAUGCCCGACUAGAGGCCGUACUCAAGCGGAUUCAAAUGUGCUUUCAUGCAGACGGCGAUCACCUACCUUGGGUUCGUCAUCAACGCACAAGGACGAAGCCAGGUCCUGAGAAGAUCAAAGCUAUCCAGAAGAUGCCCGCUCCGAAGGACGUCAGUCAACUUCGCUCUUUUCUGGGACUCAUCAAUUUCUACGGAAACUUCGUCAAGGAUCUCCACAAUCUACGCGCUCUUUUGGAUACUCUUACGAUAAUGGAUGUUGUCUACACAUGGAUACAGGAGUGCCAGUCUUCUUUCGACAAGAUUAAAGCAAUCCUAAGCUCGGAUCUCCUGUUGACCCACUUUGACCUAAGUCUCCCGAUCAUCGUUGCCGCUGAUGCUUCAAAUUACAGAAUGGGAGCAACCCUUUCACAUCGCUUCGCAGAUGGAUGCGAGAACAUCAUUAAUUACGCAAGCUGUUGCCUGACACAACCACAGAAGAACUACAGCCAGAUAGAAAAGGAAGCACUCGCUCUUAUUUUCGCCGUUUCGCAGAAGUUCCAUCGUUUCAUCCAUGGACGACAUUUCACACUGAGCACUGACCAAAAACCACUUUUGGCAAUCUUCGGAAGGAAGAAAGGAAUUCCGCUUCACUAUCGAAUACAUCAAUAUACAAAGGAUUUUGGCCAAGUGGACGCUCUUUUACGCCUCGUCUCGUCACAAUCAUCGAUACCGGAAGACUACGUGAUCGCCUCAAUUGAUGCUGAUGUCACUUCUGAGUUCUCAGAGAACUGCCGUCAUCUUCCAGUAUCCGCCGAAUCCAUUCGGACUGCUACGCAAGCCGACCGUCUUAUCCAGCUUGUGAUCAACUAUACGAAGUCCGGAAACUGGCCCGAAGUCAACUGCCAUUCUCCUCUGUGGCACUACUACAACCACAGAAAUACCAUGACGACAGUCAAAGGAUGUCUGCUCACUGCAUCCCGCAUAGUGAUGCCGAAAUCACUUCGACAUCUCCUCUCCUUCGUCUGUGUCGGCAUCCACAACAGAGUGUUUGACGGGUCUGAUCAGCGUCUUGUAAAGUCCUCCUUGCCAGGUAAUGUAUGGCGUGAUUCGCUUCCAUUCCUCUUCUCUUUUGCUCAACUCUUCAGCUGUAGCUGCAUCCUUUUCAGCUGCCUGGUGAAGAUCUUUGAGGAUAGCUUCUGCUGA